AGCAUCAUAACUUCACACCCACCAUAACCCCCUAAAAAUGCACUUCCCUUUCCAUUUUCCACAUCUCUCCUCCACUUCUUCCACCUCCCAGCCUUUCUCCUGACUCUUCCUAUUCCUCUGCUGCUGCUGCUGUUGCUUCAUUCAUCUGUUCCAUCUCCUCUGCUUAUCUCUCUCCCUCCUCCACCCAUGUUCCCCUCUCCGAAUAGGCCUCUAGGUCCCCCUAGCAAUCUGACCCGCUACGGCUCAGCUCCCGGCUCCCUCAUCACCAGCGUCGUCAAUUCUGUCGUCGGCGGGUCCGAGCAAGAAUUCUCCGCUGCCGUCGGAUCCGAGACUCUCAUGGGUCGUUACUUCUCCGGCGAUUCUUCCUCUCUUACAACCGAGUCCAGCUGCAAAGCCAACAACGUCGCCUCUGAGACCAAGGAUGCUGCCUAUCGGAGUGAACGUGCUGCCACCAGCUCCGGUCUUGAGAGAUCUUAUGGUUUGAACGAGAUUGCCGUCGGGGACUUGGCAGCCGUUAGUAAUUUGAGAGCCAGUGGAUCUUCGCCGUUGAUUCGCCAUAGCAGCUCUCCCGCCGGGUUCCUCAAUCAUCUGAUGGCGGACAAUGGUUUUUCUAUUUCAAGAGGAAUUGGAAGCUAUAGCUCUCAGUCAGGCACUAAUAGCAGCCAUGGGAUGGCAAAUGGAAGGCUGAAGUCUCAAUUGAGCUUUACAAGACAAGAUUCUCUUUCUCAAAUCUCAGAGGUUGGUGAAAGUGUUGUGGGAGGCUGUAGCUCGGAUGAUGGUACUGGAAAGGUUGGACACUCUUAUGGUUCUGGUACCUUCACAAUGGGAUCAUGGGAUGAUACCAAUUCGAUCGUUUUUUCUUCUUCAAGCAAACGAGCCAAAACUAUCAAUGGUGACAUUGUCACCAGUAUCAGUGGCAUAGACCCUCAGUUUAGCUUACCCAGGAAUAUAGAAAUGGCCACUGUAGAGAAACUGUUACAGCUUCAACAAGACUCUGUUCCUUGCAAAAUCCGUGCUAAGCGUGGUUGUGCCACUCACCCAAGAAGCAUUGCUGAGAGGGAGAGGAGGACUAGGAUAAGUGAAAAGCUGAAGAAAUUGCAAGAACUUGUUCCUAACAUGGACAAGCAAACAAAUACUGCGGAUAUGUUGGAUUUGGCAGUGCAACAUAUUAAAGGCCUACAAAAUCAAGUCCAGAAACUCAAUAAAGAUCUUGAAAAUUGCAAUUGUGGAUGCAAGAAAUCAACAUAAUUUUUUUUGGAUAUUAGGAAGAUUGAAAAAUUCUGUCAGAUCUAAAGAUUACAUGGAAGAGGUUAGAUGAAGAGGUGUUCAACAAGGUAGGGGACCUGAGCAUGACUAAUUCCUUAACCUUACCAAGUAAAAAAUGGAGUUCUCUGUUUGUAUAUAAAGAAGCAUCGUUUUUUACUUUGGGAUUUGAAGGACAGAUGUUGCAAUUUCUUUCCGCUUUUCAAUGGGAAGCAUGUAAGAGAGAUUUAUUGUUCCUCUUUCUCAUUUUCUUCUUUCUUUCUAAUGAGUUUACUCUUAAUUA